AUGGAUAUGUCAGAGAUAGCCAAGAAAUUGGGCUUUUCUGAAUCCAAACAACUCAUCCUUCACGCCGCCGAGCUCCGCCGCCGAGCCGACAUCCAAUUUGACUCCUCCAUCAUCGGCGUUGGGGAGAUUUGCAAGGCUAUAAUUUGCUUAGAGAUCGCUGCUUCCAGGAUGGAAGUAAUAUGUGAUCAUCAGGCUGCGGUAAAAUUGAGUGGGCUGUCUGAAAAGGCUUACAAUAGAUCCUAUAAUUCAAUGCAAAAUAGCAUUGGUAUCAAGAACAAGCUUGAUACAAGAGAGUUGGCAAUUCAAUUUGGAUGUAUUAGGCUCAUCCCUUUUGUCCAGAAAGGAUUGUCUUUGUACAAGGAUCGGUUUAUUGCCUCACUUCCAUCCUCCCGUAGAGCUAGUACUGACAUCACACGGCCCGUGUUUACUGCUGCAGCAUUCUACCUUUGUGCUAAAAAACACAAGCUUAAGAUAGACAAAUCUAAGUUGAUCGAGCUUUCUGGCACAUCAGAAUCUGAAUUUGCUAGUGUAUCAGCCUCAAUGACAGACCUCUGUUUUGAUUAUUUUGGGAGAACAAAAGAAAAAAAGGAUUCUAUAGAAGAUAAAGGGAACCGUGAGCUUGUAGAUGUGCUCCCUGAAAAAAGUAGGGUUGAGGACGAUGGUCCUUUAUCCGAUGAUGGAAAAGAGUGCUGCAAUUACUCUCAUAAACAAAUCAGAUUUGGAACCUACCAGCUGAAACUACAGCCUACAAAAGCCACAGAAGUACUUAUUUUGCUCCUAAGCUUUCGGUCUACAAGAAGCACAAGCAAAUGUAGAAACACGCUCACAAUGAGUAGAAGUCUGCAGUUCUCCAGUUUAAUAACCUCAGUAGGGCAAAAGGUCCUACCGACUCCAAAGAAAACCAAUGAAACCAGACUGGAUUGCCUGAAGACAUUUGUGGAAACCAGAGUGGAGGCUACACGAGAGACAUACUCAGACGUCAUUUCUUGA